AUGAAGCCCAUGAGCAAAAGUGGCUUUAAGAUGUUGGUUGUGGACCAAGAAAGUCUUCUAGAUCCCAUCAAAAAGAAACGCGCCAGGCGCGGCGAGUCAAAUGUGAUGAGGGAAAGCCAUGCUGUGCUCGGUAGCUUUUUCUGUUCCUAUCGAUCUAGCAUUUUCCCAGCUAAACCAUCCACAGGUGUACAAGUACCAAUCGACAAUGCAAGCAGAGCAUUAUUACCCAAAGCCCUUUCGCCCGGUCUUGCGGUAGAAUUUGCUGCUGAGCCACAGGCCUUAGAGUUCUUUUUUCUCAAGACCGCCCCCCAGUUAGCGGGCUUCUUUGGCGAGGCCUUCUUCCAGGGGAGUGUACUGCAACUCAGCCUUACAGAGCCCGCCAUCCGCCAAGCUAUUGGGGCCAUCGGUUUUUUACAUGAGCGCGCAGCAACGGGAAAGCUUUCAAAAAGCAGAGAUACAUCGUUCUCGAAUUCCAAUCUUCAUCUCCAAUUAUAUAACCGGUCAAUUCACUCUGUUCUAAAGGCGUCAUCUGACCCCGAUAAAUUAUCUUUUGUCGCAACAGCAAGUGUCUUGUUUGCCUGCUUCGAGGUCUUCCAUGGAAAUAGAAUCGCUGCAGAAACACAUAUCAAAAGUGGAAUAAGCCUUCUAAAUUCAUGGCGCGACAAAACCAAGCGAGUCAAAAGCCCUUGGGGUAGAAGGUACCCAUCAUCCGAAUCGCGAUUUAUGGAAACACAAGUUGCACCACUCCUAAGUCUCUUCAAUCUUAGCAUAAUGAAACCUUGCAAUGGGGGUCGCGUUCAAUUUAUGCUUAAUCCCGUCUCUAAUGGAAUACUUCAUCUGGCCAAGAAAUUCGAAGGACUAGAAGAGACUAGAAAUGCAUUCUUGGACAUGCUAGCUGCAGCAACAGCCAAUCCCGAAAUUAAGUGCGAGAAUAAAAGUGCAGCAGAUAUUGAAGUAUUUUUAUUAUCGGACACUGGUCAGGGCGCCAUGGAAAAGUGGAAUAGAAGCGUUGACGAUUUGGUCUAUCGGAAUAGCCACUCGUGGGGCAAGAAAGAACAACGAUCGGCGAAUGCUUUACAUCUCAUCAAGUUAAGCGCGCAGCUCAGCAUGAUCGCAUAUCAAGCUCAAACAGAAUGUCAUUGGGACAAGUCUUACGAAGACUACAAGGAGUUAAUUCGACUUUGUGAAGCUAUUGUAUUGGAUCACGAGAAGUCUGGAGAUGAUUUCUCCAGAACAAUGAAUAUAGACUGUGGUCUUAUAUUUGCACUCCAUGCCGGUGCUUGGAAGUGUCGUUGGCCGAAACUGCGCCAGCGUGGUCUAGAUUUACUACUGCGGAUUCCUAAGCGUGAAUGGUUCUUCGAGUCAAAGCAUUACCAUCAAAUAUUCGCACGCAUCAAAGAAAAGGAAGAGGAACACCUGAGUCUACCCCUGAAGUGGGAGACUGAUGAGACCUGUCUACCUCCGGAACAUGUUCGGAUUCAUAAUUUUACGGUAGAAGCUCAGUCUAAUACACUGAAUGGCUGUCCUGUCUACGCUGUCUCCUUUUGGAGCAAACCCCAUGGCUUAGAUGGCCCAUGGAAUUGUUCUACUGAGACAAUGUGCCUCGAAUCUACCCAGGCAGUUGAGGCGGAUAUACCGUUCAAUUUAUUCGGUCCUAAUGUAUCAAUGGCACCUCAGCACUAA